AUGGAUAUUUACUGCAAUGGGACCUCACUAGAGGCUCAGACACGGAUCAACUCCACCAUCUACCACCUGGUAAAGGUGGUCAGCAUGUGUGUGAGCUGCACCUUGAACACCGUACUCAGUGUCCCUUUACUCCUGGUCAUCAUGCGCUCCCCGUCCCUCCUCAGACACACUCGCUACCUGCUCCUCACACACCUCCUCCUGUGUGACAACCUCCAGCAGCUCCUCUCGACAAUCCAAGCAGUCCUGUUAAGAUCCAGAGAAGGAAUACCUGUCACGCAGUGUCUGAUCUUCUGCGCUUCUAUCCAGGCCUGCUCAUUGGUGGACCUCUUCCUGAGCACCGCUCUGGCUGUGGACCGCUUUGUAGCCAUCAAGUGGCCCCUGCGCUAUGAAUUGCUGAUGUGUCCUCAAAGGAAGAGAGCAACUAUUGCAGCCAUAUGGACGCUAUCAGCUGUGCUCAGCGGUGUGGCUUUGGGUCUCAGCCUCAACACUAUCCAGGACAAUUUUACCCUCCCCCGCUGUCGACCUCUCAUCCUCACGCCCUGCCUGUCGGGGACGUCGGCUCUGGUGCUUUACUGCACAGUGGCCACUGCUGUGGUGGUGCCUCUCUGCUCUCUGACCAUCCUGGGAUGCUUCUGCCUGCUCUGCUGGGACAUGCGUUCAGGACCGCUUUACACCAAGAGAGCCUGUGUGACCUUGACCCUCCAGGCAGCUCAGACCAUCCUCUUUUCUGUUCCUGUGGUGAUGGCCAGCUACCUGAUCCCUGGCUACCUGCACAGUGAUGCUCUUGAUAUAGCAACCACCAUCAUCUACAACCUGGGGGUGUCACUCAUCCCUCUUGUUUAUGGCUACCGCUCACGGGAGCUGCAGCAGAGGAUACGAGAGGCUGCGCACGGGAACAAAGUCGAUAAAAAAACAGUUUUUAUCUGAGCUGCCUGAAUGAGAAGAGCUGUUCCUGUUCAGCACAGCAGCUUUUCUACAUUUAUUGCAUCACGCUUCGAAUUUACUUGAUUGUUCGAAAUAGUAAGGUUCAGGUUGGAUAGCCGAGUUAAUAUGCUGCAGCAUCUUCCUGUAAACCAUUUAUUAGCAUCAGUAGAAUAAGUGAUGCAAGUAAAAAGAUAGAGUCAAGCUGCUCAAACACUGAAAUGAUUCGGGAUGCUUAUAAUUAUGAGAAAUAAGACAGCACAAACUGCUUCAAGAUAUUUAAUUUGUACCAUAAACACUUAUAUGCUUUAUAUUUACUCAUUAAAGUCACUAUGUAUCAUACAAAACAUUCAAGAAUACUUGCGUAUUAUAGAGUAGUUCAACACAACAGAGGAAUAAAUACUCAAUGCUACGACAAAAAUACAAACACAAUCCUAUUUUAAAGAUAGUGGGAUUACCCCUUUAAAAAGGCACAGGCACAAAUCCACAGGUAGCACUGAGGUGAAGACAGCGCUCCCCAAUUACCAGCGGUUACAAGAGCCAAAA